AUGGCCUCGCCAGUCAGGCCUCGUGCAGAGGCUGCCUUCACAUCCCCAACCGCGAAUUCCGCUUCGAUAGGCUAUCCCUUCCCUGACGUAUCGCAGAGGCAGCAUUUGGCCGGGGGAAUGUUGCGUCGGGGUUCAACAACAAGCUCAAUCACAAGUAUAGGAGGAGCCUUGGACACGGGGUCGAUCAACCACCCUACUAUCGCUGAAACGAGCCAGAAUGCCAUCUCAACACUUCUUCAACAUCCUAUCACGCGCACUGGCCUAUCUGCAAGCACUGCUGUACCUUCGAACGGAUACAAAGCCCCGACGCCUCGAGACAUUCCUCCUGUUACGUUAACGAACAUCCCUCAUGUUGAGGCCAAAGUAUUUCAUCCAUACUUAUCGCAAGUGGGAUCGAUAUACGAGGCUUUCCAGCGAGCAAAAAUUGAGGGCGAAAAUGAGGCCUCGCUGUUUCAGCGAGAUAAGAAGGAGAACAGAAACGAGGAGUGGGAGGCAAUUCUGGCCAAGCGGUUACAAAAGUCUGGUCACUCUCGUGCAGGAUCUAUGAGUUCUACAACGUCGACACCCCUUGAAGUGCCACAGCCAAAGCGGCGACAUAGUGGACAGCGGCGGCAGGCGGUGACACCACUGUCAACUAUUCCGACAGUAUAUUCCGAGGAGGACUUUCACCUGGAAAACCCAAGAACGUUCGACAUUGUGUCAGAACACUCUGAAAUCGUCCGAGAUCCCAACGAAGCGCCGAGUGGGAGGAAAUCCUUAGCUACGAAUGCGAUACUUCAGGAGAAGUUAUCCUGGUAUAUGGACACCGUAGAAGUCCACCUGGUCAAUUCGAUAUCCACGGCCUCGAAGUCUUUCUUUUCGGCUCUAGGAUCUCUAAGAGAACUACACAAUGUUGCUGCAGAUUCAGUAGGGCGGAUACAGAAGCUGAGAAAGGAGCUGGCAAAGCUCGAUAAGGAGAUGGCACUAGAUGGUCUCAAGGUGGUCAACCUCAAGCAGCGCCGGGAUAAUGUUCGUCAGCUCGCACAGACGAUCAUGCAGCUGGAAGACAUCGUCGUGUCAGUUCAAAACGCGGAAGACAAGGUAGAAAAAGGUGAAAUUGAUGAGGCUUUGGAUGAGCUUGAUAACACCGAGUUGCUUAUGGCUGGGAAGGAAGCCACUGUGUCAACAACGGAAGAAACCUUGCGAUAUAAGCCCCGUGAUCUACGGCGAAUUAGAGCUUUAGAAGGCGCUUCGGAUGAUCUAACUCAGCUGAGACUUCGUGCUGGACGUGGUUACGAGACGAGAUUCCAUGGUAGACUCCUGGGCGACAUCAGGCGGCAUGUCGACAACACCGAAACACUCGCUACACUUCAGCGAUGGGGUUCAGCAUACACAAGGCCAAAGCCUGGGCAGAAAAGAGUGCCUUCUUCAUUCCCAGGAUACAUGAAUAUCGGAUCGGAAUUGCGAUCCGAACUCGAAGCCGAAAUGAGAGGAUUGUCUAGAGCUAGGUACACGACGCAAGCAGCUACUACAUUCCGAGCUAUCGUUCUCAGAGAGAUGAAGAGUAUGAUCAGAAAGCAAAUGCCAAGCUCUAGCGAUGAUGAUAAUGUUUCGACGGUGUCAGCAUCAACUAUGGGAGGGAGGACGAGGAGUCAGCAAGAGAAGUCUUCAAUCCUGGCUCGUAACUUGCGAGCCCUCGAUGCUGAAGAUUGGUAUAAAAUGUUGGCUAGCAUCUAUACAAACAUCAGCGAGGGCCUUCGCAGGCUCAGUGUACAGGUGAAAAUUCUGCUGGACAUAACCAGCAACUUACCUGAGCAUAUGCUCAAGUCUCCUCCUACGAGCCCUGAUCCCGCGACUGUCGACCGAGUACGGAGCCCCGGCCGGCCAAGGGCAACAAGUUCUGUCCAGGCAGAGAUGCAGCAAGUCCUUGACUUGUCGAGCUUACUAGGCGAGGGGGUGGACCUCGUUCAGACGCAAAUCACCAAAGUCAUUAAGGUACGAGCUCAGCAAAAUGCCGAAUUGCCUCUGAACGAUUUCUUGAGAUAUUUCACUCUAAAUCGACUGUUUGCCGACGAAUGUGAAGCUAUCUCAGGCCGCACUGGUACCGCGCUGAAGACCGUCAUCGAUUCCCAAAUCAAAGACUUUGUGAAUCGAUUUGGUGAGUCACAGAAACAUGAUGUUAUCAAGGUCAUGGACAGCGACAAAUGGGAUGCCAAAGAUUUUGGCGAUCGGGAGAACGAAAUACUCAGUCACAUACUUGAAGCCAGUACGAGCGAUGCCGUAUCAUGGGUCGAGAGCACCAUGAUCUGGCAACCUGCUGCAAACGGGAUGAAAGACAGCAACGGAAGUGCCACUAAUGGAUCUACAGGUGCAACGGCAAAGGUACGAAGUGCUGUUGUGGACGAGCAGAAGUAUAUCCUCCCUGAAUCGGCACUGGCCAUGCUCCAAUCCAUGGAAUCGUUUCAACACUUGGCUGCUAGCAUCCCGAGCAUGAGUCAAGAAGUGGCGACGUCACUGCUCGACACUCUCAAGUUUUUCAACUCUCGUAGCUCGCAACUGAUCCUUGGAGCUGGGGCAACUCGGAGCGCAGGGCUCAAGAAUAUCACAACGAAGCAUUUGGCACUCUCCUCACAAGCACUCAGUUUCAUUGUCGCUUUAAUACCUUAUGUGAGAGAGUUCUUCCGACGUCAUGUUCCUUCUUCGACGACGGGACAAAUCAUGACCGAAUUUGACAAGGUCAAGCGGCUUUUCCAGGAGCACCAGAGUGGUAUCCAUGAAAAAUUGGUCGAUAUCAUGUCGGGGCGGGCAGCGAUGCAUGUCAAGUCAAUGAAGACCAUCGACUGGGAGGAAGCAGCGAAAAACAAGGCCACACCUGUCUCUCCAUAUAUGGAGACUCUGGCGAAAGAGACCGGUACCUUACAAAAAGUCCUGGCGAAGCAUCUACCUGAGCCUGUCGUUGCGGCCAUUAUGGUUCCCGUCUUUGCCAGCUAUCGGGAGCAAUGGACAAAUGCGUAUCAAGAGGUAGUACUCAAAUCUGUGGCCGCAAAAGAGAGAUUAGUUGCGGACGCGGAAUUCUUCCACUCACGACUAAGCAAAAUUGACGGAUCAGGCGAUUUGGGCGAGCACAUUGUCAAGGUGGUGAGAGCAAAAGAGCUAGCUAACAAUAUCUCUACGACCCCUACAGGGCCAGCCGCGAAGCAAGGCGACAAGGUCGAAGCACCUCAGGAGAAAAAGGCGUCCAUGGAAGCCAAAGACAAUGUAGAAAAGGAGGAGACGUAG